AUGACUAGGCCUGAUUUAGCUUUCUCAGUUCAGGUCCUAAGUCAAUACAUGCACUGUCCUAAAGAGUCUCACAUAAAAAUAGCAUUGAGAGUAGUUAGAUACAUAAAAAAAGCUCCUGGACUUGGAUUAUUGAUGCCACCAGAAGAUACUAACAAGCUUCUUGCCUACUGUAACUCAGAUUGGGGUGGUUGCGUGGAGACAAGAAGAUCUGUAACUGACUACUUAGUUAAGUUUGGUGGAGCCUUGAUAUCCUGGAAGUCAAAGAAGCAAGAUACUGUGUCCAGAAGCUCAGCUGAAGUUGAGUUCAGAAGUAUGGCCAAUUGUGCAGCUAAAGUUACAUGGCUAGUAGGGUUGUUUGAAGAGCUUGGUGUACACACUGAGCUUCCUAUAACCAUGGUGUGUGACAGUAAAGCAGCAAUUCAGAUUGCGGCUAAUCCCAUCUUUCAUGACAGGACUAAAUACAUAGACAUUGAUUGUCACUUUGUAAGAGAGAAAAUCAAUCAAGGAAUACUGAAAAUAGAAUUCACACACAACAAGGAUCAAUUAGCUGACUUGCUAUCAAAGAGUCUUGGUAAGGCUCAACAUCAUUUGCUGUUGAAUGAGCUUGGAGUUAUGAACUUGUUCAAACCAUGA